AAUAGAUCCGCUGGCCUGUUGUCAUGGUAAUAAAAAGGGACUGGCUUGUCAUGAGGUUCCUCAUAUACGAUCUGUCGUCUGGCCGAGGAACACGUAGUCUGCUUUCCAGCACGAAGAGACUACAGAGGAGAAACAAACAUGACGGACCAGUCUGCCUUUGACACAGAUGUAUGGACCCUGACACGGUUUGUGGUGGAGACAGGCCGGCAGGUUAAGGGGGCCACGGGUGAGCUGACCCAGCUCAUCAACUCCAUGCUGACUGCUAUCAAAGCCAUUUCCUCUGCUGUUCGUAAGGCAGGCCUGGCCCAUCUGCAUGGCUUGGCGGGCUCCAUAAACGUGACCGGAGACGAUGUGAAGAAGCUGGACGUGCUGUCCAACGACCUGGUCAUCAACAUGCUGCAGGCCUCUUAUAGUACCUGCUGCAUGGUCUCUGAGGAGAACAAGGAGCUCAUUGUCACUCCCAAAGAAAAAAGGGGAAAAUAUGUGGUCUGUUUUGACCCAUUAGACGGCUCCAGUAACAUCGAUUGUUUGGCCUCUAUCGGCACCAUAUUUGCCAUCUACAAACGUAAGACAGAAGGGGAGCCCACAGAGGAUGAUGCCUUGCAGCAGGGCAACAACAUUGUGUGUGCAGGCUACGCCCUCUAUGGCAGCGCCACCCUGGUGGCUCUCAGCACUGGUGCUGGUGUGAACUUCUUCACACUGGACCCUGCCAUCGGUGAGUUCAUCUUGACUGAAAGAAAUGUGAAGAUCAAACCCAAGGGGAAGAUCUACAGCCUGAAUGAGGGUUAUGCCAAGUAUUUCCACCCCUCCAUCAAUGAGUAUAUUAAGUACAAAAAGUACCCCGAGGAUGGCAGCGCUCCCUAUGGGGCACGGUAUGUGGGCUCUAUGGUCUCAGAUAUUCACCGCACCAUUGCCUACGGAGGGAUCUUCAUGUAUCCUGCCAAUGAGAAGAGCCCCAAAGGAAAGCUGCGACUGCUGUACGAGUGCAACCCCGUUGCCUUCAUCAUUGAGCAGGCAGGAGGCCUGGCCACCACCGGCACCCAGAGGAUACUGGACGUCCAACCUGAGGCCCUUCACCAGCGCGUGCCCUUUGUGGUUGGCUCCCCUGACGAUGUCAACGAGUACCUCAGCUUUAUCAAGAAGUUCCAGUAAUAGCACAAACAGGUUUCACCUAUAGUGACCGGUUUACUUUGUACCCCUAGCAGCAUUUUAU